AAAUCAGUAGCCAACAAAAAAAAUAGAAACACCAUGAAGAAUGGUAGCAUCUCCCGUGGAGGAUCAAUCAUAUUUGUCAAUUAUGACGAACGACUCAAAAUAAAGUUCGGUAGGAAGCCAACAAUAGUUGAAUCUUUUAAUCGGAUGCAUAAGACAAAGCAAGGCAUGGAAGGAUAUGUGGAUAAGAGAAGUGAAGCUAUCAUGACAAAGUAUUCAGCUGAAUACUCCAAAAAAUAUGGUGAUGCCUCUACCUUAGAUGCUUCACCACGUGAUUAUAACUUGUGGUUUGAGGCAACUGAUGUCCCAACUCAUGGCCGUGUCUAUGGCUUUAGUCCUUUAGAGGAUCUCACUGGAAUUAUUGGGCAAUCAUCAUCCUCUUCCACCUCUAUAAGUCAAGCUCCAGAGUUGUACACGCGUGAAGACUUUCUAGGUAUUCUUGAGCACAAAAAGAAACCGUGGCAAGAGGAGGUUCUUCAAAAGAUAAGAGAAGAGAUUGGCUUUGGACCAAGGCAUGCAAAUCAGAAGAGUAAUGGUGAUUCUGGUUUUGCUGUUCAUGCUUCAUUAUGAUUGCUUUUGCCUUAGAUGAUAGGUCUUUGCAUUCUUAUAAGGAAUGAAAUCAUUGUUGAUUUCUAUGACA